AUGACGAUGACGAUGAUGGCAACCGAAGGAAAUUCAAAUCAUGUGCUAGCAGAGCUAUGGGGUCUGAAGAAAGGGCUUACAGACGCGAAAUCACUGGACCUGAGACAGUUGAAGGUUGAAAUAGACUCUCGAAAAGUGAUUGAAAUCCUUCAAGAGAAUGAAGCAGAUGAUCCGCGCAUCAGAUCCAUGAUUAAGGAGUGCAAAAACUUACUAAAGGAGCUUGAAGUGAAGGAAAUCAUACAUAUACUAAGAGAGAGAAACAUAUCUGUAGCUAAAAUGGUGCUCGGCGAAGAAGAGGGAGAAAAGGAAUUCAACGAGCCACCUGAAAGCAUUCUCAGCUAUUAG